AUGACCACCCUUUGGAACACCUAUAUUAACCAGACAAAUAGAACUGGAACUUCUACUACUACAACUACCUUCCACGACCAUCCUGGCAGAUUACCGACACCUGAAUGUCCACCAAAUCUGACUACCCAGGCAUAUCUACCACCUGGCCAGUCGGUAGCUACCUGGAAGUUCUACUACUAUACUCAUCUCCCACUUGAACCAUUGGAACCUUGGGAACAACCUCCCGAUCCUGGAAGCUAA